AUCCCGCGCCUAUUAGAGGUUUGAGCGCGACACUUCGUGCGCGGUAGUGAACGAUUUCAUCCCGGAGCGGUUUCUUUUUAUUUUGGCAUUCGAAUAAAUCACGGUAAUGUUUUCACCCCGUGGUGGACUAGGCUCUGGCCGAAGGCAAACAAGAACAGGUGGUCGGAAAAGUUUAAGCUGUACUCCGACAGGACUUUUAUUCUCUCCCCGAAGGUCGUCAAUGCCAGCGAGAUCAACCCCUACACGAGUACAAAGCCAUGGUACAAUUGAAGCGAUCAACUUUGAUGUGCAGACAUUUGGCUCCUCGCUGCCAGUCAAAGUAAUGGAGGCACUUACCAUGGCAGAAUCUGAUGAUCAGAUCUCUGUGAAUAUCGAGGAGACAGGCUGGGCGUGGAUGGCGUGUGGAGAAAGACUUGUCAUUUGGAAGAUUUGUCAGACAGCGGUCGCGAAGUUGUCAGUGUGCAAGGAUCUUCAGUUACCCCCAAGUGAAUUUGCCUACAGUGCUGACCUCAUCUCCAUCUCCUCCUCUAACCCGUUGGACAGUGCUCCUAUACAGUCAAUAAGCGUCCUGGCGGUGUCACCUGAAGGAACAGUCCGCUUCUGGGCCAGUCUAGCCCAUGAGGGGAGCUAUGUGGAGAUGACCGCAGACCUUGGGGGGAACCUCUGCAACUUUGUUACAGCAGUAAAGGGGAACAGUUUCAUUGUUUCCUCCUACAAAGGCCAGCUCCUGAGGGUGGCGAUGGAUGUUUCCGGAAAGCUGCAGCUACGACCUCUGCAGCAGGGUCAGGGGGUGCUGUCAGGCAUUGGACGUCGCGUUUCCAGCCUCUUUGGCAUGUUAGCCCCUCCCACAGAUGUCACAGUCCACAGCGUUCUUUGGGUGGCUGAGACUGGAAGUCUCUACACACUGACCUCAGCAGGACUCAAUAAGUGGGAGGUGGACGAGAACUCCGAGCUGCAAGUCCUCAGCUGGAAUCCAGUCAGCAGUCUGGAAGAGUGCAUCUCUGAUGCUAUCUGGGGGUCAGAAGCCAACUACAGUGAGAUAAAGGCAGGUGUGAAUGUGGCCUACCUGGACCUUCAGCUGAGCCAGGAGGGCUUGGUUGUGCUGGCUGCAGCCUGGCACCCUGCAGACACACCCUGCCUGGUGUACUACUGCCUGGUGCUGCUGCCUGACCGCCUCUCCCUCACCUCUGAUGAAAUUUCCGUGGAAGUCACCAAACACAACCCUGCUUUUCAGAGUGAGGAGGAGAUGCACACAACCCACCUGGUUGUGCCAAGAGGCUCUCGCAGUGCUGCUUACCUGUACAAUGAGGAGAUGGUGUUCACCUGUUCGUUGGCAAGAGGUCGGGGAGCCCUGCCCGAGGAGAGGAUUGCCUUUAGUGACCCAGGAGACCGUAUCCGUGGCGGAGGUGUAUGUGCGAACCUGCCCGUUUUUUUCUCCCAGAAUAGUGGGCUUGUUGCCGUGGUUCCUCGGGAGAGUGCUUCCAUGCUUCCUGAGAUGAUGGAGGAUUCCCUUUGCUCCUCCCUGGCAGGAGCAGGAUCAGAGGCUGCUGUUACAGAAAUGCCUAAAAUGGAUAAAGUUGCACAGGAAGACAAAAUCAAAUUACUGAAAUCCGCUUUCUUGCAGUUCUGUCGGCACGAUGUGGUUGGUGCUCAGACGGUGACUGAUGAGCUGCUGCCCAGUGAGCGAGAUGGAGGCGAGGGGGCAGAGCUGGACGAGGUCGUGGCGCAGAUCAGCUGUGACCUCGUGGACGAUUAUCCGGCCUCUGAUCCUCGCUGGGCCGAGUCCGUUCCUGAUGAGGGUGCUGGCUUUCCACUGACCUCCCUCAUAUUGCUGCACCAGCUGGAGGACAAGAUGAAGGCCCACGGCUGCCUGAUGGACUUUCUGAAUCAGAUGGGCCUGCUGGAGCGUUUGAGCUCCACCACUGUGCGCGCAUCUCCCAUGGCGACGAGGCUAUUGCUUUGUGAGCAUGCAGAAAAGCUGACCGCAGCCAUUGUGCUGAAGAACCACCAUGCCAAGCACCCAGACCUGGUCAACCCCGCCAUCGCCAGUGCCCUGAAGAAGAGCAGCGCUGACGUGCCUGCCAGCCUCACCCCUGCAGAUGUCUUCUUCAGAGAGGUGUCUGGUAUUUCUGCCAUCUUUGAGUGUCUCCUGGAUGAAGAAGAGAAGGCUCUGAAGGAGAAUCCCAUCACUUCCCUCAAGUGGGCCCAGAUUGUCAUUGAGGUCAACGUGGUCCUCAAGGAUAUGCUUGAAGCAGCGUGCCAGUACAGAGAGAGUAAAUCCUCGUUCUACCGAGCUUCAGAGACGGCUGAUUCUGAGCCUGAGUAUAUCCCAUGGACAGCCUCUAGUGGUGUUCGGUCAGUCAUCACGCGGCAGCACGAGGUUAUCCUGAAGACGGUGUACCCACAUGCCGACUCAGAGCUGCGCAAUACCCUCAGUGAGCAGUUGGUGGCACUGCUCAACUCCUACUUGAGUGGCUAUGUGGCCCAGCUGGGAUCACUCGACAGGGCCACCAAGUCUGACCGCUACAGCGCCCUGGAGAUGGAGUACACUCAGAGACGCUCGGAGCUGCUGCUGCCACUAUUGGAGCUGGGUCAGUACCAGUGGGUGUCAGCCCUGGCUGAGAAAUAUGGGGACUUUGACAUCCUGGUGCAGAUGUGUGAACAGACUGACAACCAGAGCCGUUUACAGCACUACAUGACUAAAUUUGCAGACCAGAACUUUGCAGACUUCCUGUUCCGUUGGUACAUGGAGAAGGGGAAGAGGGGCAAACUGCUCUCCCAGCCAAUCGCACAGCACCAACAGCUGGCCAGCUUCCUGCAGGCCCAUGAGCAUCUCAGCUGGCUUCAUGACGUUCAUGUGCACGACUACCAGAGUGCCCACGAGACCCUGCACAGCCAGGCCCAGAUGGAGACUCGGUACUUUGUUAAGAAGAGGACCCUGCUGGCCCUCAGCAAGCUAACAGCGCUAGCAUCAAACAUGGCAGAGGGCACCAUGCAGAAGCAACUAGAUGAUAUCGUAGAGCAGGAAAGGUUCCUACUGCAUCAGGAGACUCUACCCAAGCAGCUGCUGGAGGAGAAACAGCUGAACCCUGACACAAUGCCUCUUCUCAGUGCACACAACCUGAUUAAUCUUUACAUCUGUGAUGAUAACCGCCGAGCCAACGAGUAUGAUUUCAAAAAAGCCUUGGACCUUCUUGACUACAUAGAAGAGGACGAUGCUGUGGACGUUGAGGCUCUGAAGUGUGAGAUCCUCUGUAAAGCUCUAAAGAGGGACGACUGGUCAUCAGCCGAUGGCAAUGAUAACCCAGUGGAGGCAGCAAAAGACAGCAUCUUUAUCCGAAUUAUCACAAAGCUAAUUGAAGAGGGUGUUCCCCUGCAGACAUACCUGCCUGACGUCAGAGACCUGAUGCAGUUGGAAGAGAUGGAAAGUCUGAAGGCAAAGCCUUAUUUUGAGUUUGUACUGAGAGCCAACUAUGAGCAUUACCUACAGAUCUGAACCCUGCCCUCCUGCCAUAUUGUUUUCAUGUUGUCUCAUCAUAUGUUUUGAUAUGCAUAAUUAAGACUGUUUCUUUAAAUAAAUAUUUUCUAAGAUA